AUGCGGAAAGUCAGGAAAGUGGAGCAGCAGCGGGAGGGCGAAAGAAGAACGGAGGGAAACAUCAGGACCAAGGCGGUGCUCGACGUCGAGACGAAAAGGGGAUACUGGUUGACCGUUUACGCCCAGGAUCACGGUGUGGUUCCGCUCAGCUCGAGUCUGCAAGUCUACGUCGAAGUGCUGGACGAGAACGAUAACACGCCGCUGACCGAGCUUCCGGUUUACUAUCCAUCCGUGCCGGAGAACUCGCUCGCCAGCGUGAGCGUCCUGCAGAUCCGCGCCUUUGAUCGCGAUGUCUCGCCCCAGCAAUUCGUCUUCACCAUCAGCAGCGGCAAUCCGGAGGGUUAUUUUCUCAUCAACUCCACCACCGGUCUCAUCACUACCAGUGGCAGAAAGCUCGAUCGCGAGAAUCAAGCGGAGCACGUGUUGGAGGUGACAGUGAGGGAUAACGGCAGACCGCCCUUGUCGUCGACUACGAGGGUCGUCAUCGAGGUAGCGGACGCUAACGACUUCGGCCCUGAAUUCGAGCAGAAGUUCUACACGGUCCAGAUUCCGGCGUCGCCGGCGACCGACAAGCCGCUCUUCCAGAAAUCGAGGAACCGCUCGCGGGAGUUCGACCUUUCGAUCGAUACGUUACUAGAGAACGGGACUUGGGAGACAUUUAGCCCCGACACCUUGUCAGGAGAUCGUAUCUUCAGGGUUCUUGCGUACGACCAAGAUAUCGGUGACAACGGAAGAAUUCAGUAUAGCAUCAAGGCCGGCCGGGGAAAGGGCAAAUUUAAAAUUCAUCCCACUACGGGGAUGGUGUACUCCCAACGUGGAUUCGAGGCUGGCCAAGAAUACGAAAUGAUUAUACGAGCGGCCGAUCACGGCGAGCCGCCGCGUAGUCAUCAGACUCGAAUUUCCGUUCAAGUUGUGGAGGCGCCGAAGGAAUCGGAGAACCCUCCAGUGUUCAAGACAAACAAUCAAAGUGUGGAAGUCACGGAGAGCGACGAGGCAGGCUUUUUAGUCGCCCUCGUGCAAGCCAGCGACAGAGACGGCGAUUCUCUGUGGUACGAUAUUUUAGACGGCGACAAGCGCGACGAGUUCUUCAUCGGUCGUGACAACGGCAACGUACUGCUAGCGAAGAGGCUGGAUUGGGAGACUCAGAACUUUUAUAAUCUCACUAUCGGCGUAACCGACGGCGUGCACACGACGCUGACGCAGCUGCUCGUUACCGUGAUCGACAUCAACGAUCACCGGCCGGAGUUUACCGAGAACACGUAUCGCGUCGACAUCUCGGAGAAUGUCGAGAAGGGCGAGAGAAUCCUGCAGCUGCACGCGACCGACGAGGACGAGGAUAAGAAGGUCUUCUACAGCCUGCACGCGGCGCAGACACAGGCCUCGCUCGAGAUCUUCCACGUGGACUCGGUUUUGGGCUCGAUUACGUUGAACGAGCCGCUCGACCGGGAGACCAUCGAGGAGCACGUGCUGACGGUGAUGGUCAAGGAUCAGGGCACGCCGGCCAAGCGGAACUACGCACGGGUGAUCGUCACCGUGCACGAUCACAACGAUCACGCGCCCGAGUUCAUCAGCGAGAUCAUUCAGGGCAAGGUGUACGAGAGCUCGCCGAUCGGGACGGCGGUGGUACAGGUGUGCGCGAUCGAUCGGGAUCGCGGCGAGAACGCCAGGAUCACCUACUCGAUUACGUCCGGCAACGUCGGCAACGUGUUCACCAUCGAUCCGGAUCUCGGCUUCAUCCGCGUCGCGCGCGACCUCGACCUCAGCGUCUCCUCCGAGUACAUCCUUCUCGUGAAGGCGACCGAUCACGGCUCUCCCGCGCUGGCGAACACCGUGCCGGUGCACGUGAUGGUGACGAUGGCCGACAACGCGCCGCCGCGCUUCGUUCAGAAGGAGCUGUCCGCGGAGAUAUACGAGAACCAACAGCUUGGCACGUACGUGAAGCACGUGGAGGCGCGGAGCACGUCGUCGUUGCAGUUCGAGAUUGUGCGCGGCAAUCGCGACGACACGUUCUUCGUGAAUCCGAGCACCGGCGUGAUUGUCAUCAAGAAUCAGCUGGACUACGAGACGACCAAGUUCUACAAUCUCACGGUGUCGGCCACGAAUAUGGCCGGCGCUUCGGCCACCUGCAACGUCAUCGUCCACGUGCUCGACCGGAAUGACAACGCGCCGCGUUUCCUGCAGGCCCAGUACAGCGGCGAGAUCAGCGAGGGUGCCAGCAUCGGUUCCCUCGUGUUGACCAACACGAGCGCGCCGCUGGUCAUCAAGGCCGAGGACGCGGACUCCGAGUUGAACGCGCUGCUGAAUUACGACAUCGUCGAGGAUCUACCGCGAAAGUACUUCCAUAUAGACUCGAGCACCGGCGCCAUACGCACGGUCAUGUUGCUGGACCACGAGACCAUACCGACGUUCUCGUUUCACGUGAAGGUCUCGGAUUUAGGCAAGCCAAAGCUCUCGUCUGAGACUACGGCAAAGGUGAUAAUAGCCGUGACGGAUGUCAACGAUUGUCCGCCCAAGUUCUCCAAGACUGAUUACAACGUCACGCUUCUGCUGCCGACGUAUAAGAACGUCGCCGUCACUCGGGUGAAUGCCGUAGAUCCUGACAGCUCCGAGGGAGCCGCGUUGAGAUAUGACAUCAUCGAUGGCAAUAAGGCUCACACCUUCGAUAUAGACGCUCAGAGCGGCAUUAUUACGAUCCAUAAUCCAGAGCGCAUGAAGAAGAACUAUCUUCUCCACGUGCGAGUGUCGGACGGCAAGUACUCGAGCGUGGCGCAGGUGAAUGUGAUGGUAGAAAAAUCGGAGAAUUCCGGUUUGAUCUUCCAAAAGGAUGUCUAUGAAGGUGCCAUUCUGGAGAACUCCACGAAGAUUACAACCGUGGUGGUGGUGAACGUUCUCGGUAGUUCAUUGAACGAGCACAUUGUCUUCAGCAUUCUCAAUCCCACCGACAUGUUCGUAAUCGGACCGACGUCCGGCGCGAUCCGGACCAACGGCAUACGAUUCGAUCGAGAGGUGUGCGAUCACUACGAAUUAAUCGUCGAGGCGAAGAGCCACCCGCCGGAUCGGGAGAGGCCCAGGGUGGCUCACGUCAUAGUGAACGUCACUAUACUCGACAUCAACGACAAUUGUCCGAUGUUCGUUAAUCUACCUUACUACGCUGUCGUCUCCGUCGACGCUCAAAAAGGCGACGUCAUUACGAAGGUUCACGCGGUAGACAUGGAUAGCGGCGAUAACGGCGAGGUGAGAUACGAAUUAAAGAAGGGUCACGGGGAGCUUUUCAAGGUGUGCCGGAAAACCGGCGAGAUAUCGUUAAAACAGAAUCUCGAAGGUCACAAUCGCGAGUACCAGCUCACGAUCGCCGCGUACGACGGCGGAAUAACGCCUUGCUCCAUUGAGGUGCCAGUCAACGUGAAGGUGAUAGAUCGCUCGAUGCCGGUAUUUGACAAGCAAUUCUACACGGAUAGCGUGCUCGAGAGUAUAGAAGUGCAUUCACCUCUGGCGUUAUCCAUUCAAGCUGAGUCACCCUUGAAUCGCAAACUCAUAUACAGCAUUACUAAGGGCAAUGAUUUUGAGGAGUUCGCCCUGGACUUCAACACGGCCCCCGACAGUAACAAUGGUCCUUGUGUAAUCUAUGUGGUGGAUGAGCUGGAUUAUGAGCAGAAGAAGCAGUACGAGCUGACCGUACGCGCCACCGACAGCGUGUCAGGCGUUUACGCGGAGGUGCUCGUCAGCAUCCUCGUCCUGGACGUGAACGACUGCCCGCCCGAAUUCACGCAGGACUCCUACAACAUCUCGGUGUCGGAGGCGGCGGUAUUCGGGACUCCCGUUCUGCGAGUGAGCACGCGAGACAAUGACACAGGCAUCAAUCAACAAGUUCGUUACGCUAUUCAAAACGACACCGAGGACAGCACGGACCUCUUCCACAUCGAUCCCGACGAGGGUGUGAUAUUUCUCAAGCGAUCUUUGGAUCACGAGAGUCGCGAGUCCCAUCACUUCACCGUGAUCGCCAUGGACCGCGGCGUGCCGAGUCUUUCGAGCACGGCGCACGUCUGGAUGAGCGUGAUCGAUAUGAACGACAACCCGCCCAAGUUUGAGCAGCCCUCGUACACCUGUUUCCUGUCGGAGCACGCCGAACGCGGCCAAUUCGUGACGGUGGUCACGGCCAGUGAUCCCGAUUACGUCGACGAGAAGCUGACGUACACCAUCGUAGGUGGGAACGAACAGCAGACGUACAACAUCGACCAGUCGACCGGUAUCAUCUCGCUGAUAAAUAUGCAGAACUUCGGCGAGCAGAAGCUCAGCAUGCUCAACGUGUCCGUCACCGACGGCGUCUACACCAGCUUCACCCGCGUCAAAAUCGAGAUCCUGCCCGCGAACAGGCACAAUCCGAAAUUCCCGAACCCGAUAGUCGAGGUGACCGUUCUGGAGAACCAGCUGCCUGGUAGACUGGUCACCAGCGUGCUGGCCGUGGACGAGGACUUCGGCGAGUACGGUACGGUGACGUACGCGAUAAUGUCGGAGAUGAUGAAGGAGAUAUUUGACAUAAACAAGCUGACCGGCGAGAUAGUGACGCGUAAGAAGCUCGAUCGCGAGGAGCAGAAGCGCUACGAGAUACCGGUCAUAGCGACGGACGGCGGCGGUAGAUCCGGAUUCGUGAUGGUGCGAGUCAAGGUGGGCGACGAGAACGAUAACGCGCCGGUGUUCCUCCUCAGAGAGUACAAAGCGACCAUUCAGGCCAACCUGUCCGUGAAUGCACCCUUCCUAAAAGUCAGGGCACAGGACGCGGACGAGGAUGAGGCGGCCAAGAUCGUUUACUCCAUCUACGAACCGCAAGCGUCACCAGCCAGAUCUCUGUUCGGUAUAAAUUCCGAUACAGGAUCCCUUUAUUUGCAGAAGAGCGCUGUGCCGUGGGAAAAUCAAUUGUUCGAGCUGUUUAUUCGUGCGGAGGACAAGGGCACGACCACGCACCACGCCGAUGUGCCGCUAAGUAUCUACAUAAUGGGCUCCCACGAUAUCCCGCCUCUGUUCGAGCGGAAGGAAGAUAAAUUCUUUGUCAGAGAGGACUCCUCCGUCGGCACGCCGAUCACGAAACUCAAGACCGUCACAAAUAGCACUGUGACGUAUCGCAUAGUAUCCGGCGAUGAGGAUAACCCGCUCUUCACGAUCGACUCUCACGGCCAGAUCACUCUGGCGCGGCCGUUGGAUCGAGAGCAGAAAGACAGCCAUUUGAUCGGGGUCCUCGCUGAAACGGAUUCCAGCCCGCCGCUCACAGCUCUCGCCGAGAUCUCCCUUCAGGUACUGGACGAGAACGAUCACGCGCCGAAAUUCGAGAGCAAUCCGUACGCGAUCAGCUUGGCCGAAAACAUCGACGAGGGGACGUCGAUAUUGAAAGUUAUUGCGCACGAUAAGGAUCUUGGUAGUAACGGCGAGGUGCGUUACUCCUUCGGAUCCGACAUAGGGGAAUUAGCGAACGUUUUUACGGUGGACGCUUAUACCGGCUGGAUAUCGACGUUGGUACAGCUCGACAAGGAAAAACAGCCGGAAUAUAAGUUUCAGGUGGUUGCUACUGACAAUGGAAAUCCGAAACACUUCGCGAGGACGUCGGUGCACGUCAAGUUAAAGGAUUAUAACGAUAACUCGCCCGCGUUCGUCGACGAUCGUUACGAGGCCACGGUGAACGAAGACGCUUUACCGGGAACCGUUGUGGUGAAACUGGUCACCGUCGACAAAGACACAGACGUCAACACGCCGAUAGAAUUUUACAUAACGUCCGGCGAUUCUAGAUCGCAGUUUCAAAUCAGAUCUACCGGCGAGGUGUACGUGGCGAAAUCCUUGGACAGAGAGACCAUCGAUCGUUACGAGCUUCAGAUUGUUGGUACCGACGGGAAAUACGUUUUUGAGACAAAAGUGACGGUGCAAAUCCUGGAUGUCAACGAUAAUCCGCCGUAUUGUCUCAGAUAUCGUUACAGAGAGAUACUUUCCGAGGGUUCGCAUCCUGGUACCUAUGUCUUGACCGUGUUGGCCACCGACUACGACGACGAGCCGAACGCUAAGCUACGAUUUUACUUAACCGGCGACAAUAACGACAAAUUCUCGUUAGACAAAGAAACGGGUGUGUUGAAAACCGUCGGGCAGCUCGAUCGAGAGACUCAGGCCAAGUAUUCCUUGACGGCCCACGUGCAGGACCGAGACAAGCCGACCUGGGAGUGCUCGUCGCAACUAGAGAUCCUCGUUUCCGAUCUCAAUGACAACGCACCGAAAUUCACUAUGUCAACUUACAGCAGCACUUUGCCCGAGGACGUGGAGAUCGGCACGUUAGUGACGAAGGUGCACGCAACGGAUGACGAUAUCGGUAUCAAUCGGAAGAUCCGGUACGAGUUUAUCGAUUCGGCGGACGGCCACUUUCUCAUCGCGGCGGACAGUGGGAUAGUCACGCUGGCUAAAUCGCUGGACAGAGAAACGAAGGCCAUGUACAAUGUUACUAUUCAGGCGCUCGAUCAGGGCACUCCUCAACUAAUGGGGGUCGCCUCUCUCAUCGUUAACGUGCAGGACAUCAAUGACAAUCCGCCGGAAUUCGCGUCUAAAGUCUACUUCGCGAAAGUACCUGAGAUCUACGCGGUUGGCACCGAGGUGGCACGAGUGCUCGCCACUUCCAAGGACACGGGCGUGAACGCUGAUAUAUAUUACUCGAUCGUCGGUGGCAAUGAGCACAAGAAGUUCCAGAUAGACGCCAAGACGGGCGUCAUGACCAUUGCCGAACAGCUGGACUAUGAACGGGCUCGCGAUUACUUCCUCACUAUCCAGGCUAUCGACGGUGGUAUUCCGCCGCUGAGCAAUCACGCCACUGUCAAUAUCACCGUCACCGACAGCAACGACAACGCGCCGAUCUUCAGCGAGGUUUCGUACAGAGCCUUCGCGAGGGAAGAUGCGAAAAUCGGAGAGAAAGUUACACAAGUGUACGCGAACGAUUUGGAUAGCGAGGAGAACGGCAAUGUGUCGUAUUAUAUAGAACGUGGCGACAGACAGAAGCAAUUUUCCAUCGACAGAAAAACCGGGCAAAUAUUUGUCGCCGCGCCACUGGACCGAGAAGAAGUUGCAAGCUACGUGUUGGAAGUUCAUGCGCGUGACAACGGUAUACCCAUGCUCUCGAGCUUCGUGAUGGUGAACAUCGAGGUUCUGGACGCGAACGACAAUCCGCCGUUGUUCUCCAUGUCAAAUUACACGGCUGUUGUGCAGGAGGACAAGCCGCUUGGCCAUACGGUUCUGCAAUUCGUGGUCACCGACGCGGACGUCGAGCCGAACGCCGAGCCGUACACCUUUGACUUCCGUUCCGGAAACGAGGGCGACGCGUUUCGGCUAGAGCAGGACGGCACUCUGCGAACGGCGACGAAGUUCAACAACAGAGUGAAGGACAAGUACGUGCUGCACGUGCGGGUGUUCGACAACGGCAGCCCGCCGUUAUACUCGGACGCGUGGGUUGUAAUCAAGGUGAUCGAGGAGUCGCAAUAUCCGCCGGUAAUCACGCCCCUCGAAGUGAUUAUCAAUUCUUACGUGGACGAGUAUCCCGGCGGCAUUAUCGGGAAAGUCCACGCGACCGAUCAGGAUCAGUACGACACGCUUCUCUUCAGUUUGAUGCCAUCCUCGCCGAUCCCGAACAUCGAUCUCUUCCAGAUAGACAAGAUCGACGGCACAUUGGUGGCGUUGCCCAGACUCGACGUGGGCGAGUAUAAGAUAAACGUUAGCGUGACGGACGGCAAGUUCCACUCGUACUCCGUCGUGAAAGUCAACGUCGAUCUGGUGACCGACAAAAUGCUCGAGAGUUCGGUGAUCGUGAGAUUUCGGGAGGUCAGCCCGGAAGAUUUCAUGCUCAGUCAUCGCAAGGGUUUCGUCAGAACUGUUCGCAACGCGAUGAACUGCCGGCUCAAGGACAUCGUCAUUAUCAGCGUGCAACCGUCGACCGAUGAGGCGAACCUGAUCAAGUCGCGGGCGAUUCGCCAGGCGGUGCACAACGAUCUCGAUCUUUUGUUCGCCGUGAAGAAGUCGAAUCCCGCGGGUUCGGCAGGGUUCUACGCAUCAGAGAGCAUACGCGAGGCGUUAAACCAGCAUGUGGAGGAGCUGGAGGAGUCGACGAAGCUGGUUGUCGAAGAGAUCGUCCGGUUCAAGUGCAACAAAGGUUACUGCUUCUACGGCGACUGCCAAGACAAGAUCACUCUCGAUCCCACACAAAUCACGCCCGUGUCCACCGACGUGAUGAGCUUUGUGUCGCCGCGGCACAAGCACAAGAUGGAGUGCAAUUGCAAGGAAGGAUAUGCCGGCAAUCACUGCGAGGUGGUGGUCAACGAGUGCGCCAGGGAUCCCUGUCCUCUGUUCAAAGUCUGCGUGCCAGACUCCUCCAUUCAAGGAUACUCGUGUCAGUGUCCCGAGGGAUAUGCCGGACAGACCUGCGAUAUAGAUAUUUCCAAAUGCCACGACGAGUCGUGUUACAUUCCGCGAAAUCCCAUAUCAUUCAGCGGCAAGAGUUACGCGCGCUACAAGAUCGACAAGGCGCUAAUACGGCAAACGAUCGAGGACCGUCUCAGCUUGUCCUUGAGGAUCAGGACGAUGCAGCCUACCGGUAACCUCAUGUACGCGGCCGGCAAGGUGGACUACAACAUCCUGGAGAUUGUUAACGGCGUGAUUCAGUACAAAUUUGAUCUGGGUAGUGGCGAAGGAUUAGUUAGAGUGAGUAGCGUGUACGUGAGCGACGGACAAUGGCACGAGAUCCAGCUGGAGCGGGAGAGCAACAGCGCCCGACUGACCGUAGAUGGAAAACACAUCGCUCACGGCUCCGCGCCUGGUAUCAACGAUAUACUGAAUCUGCAAUCGGACGAUCUGUAUCUGGGCGCCGAGGUGAGGCAGCAUCCGUCGAUCAUCGGCUUCGAGGACGUGCAGCGCGGUUUCGUCGGCUGCAUGGACGACGUCAGGAUCGCCCGGGUAUCCGUGCCGUUGCACAUGAGCGGCGCCAGCAGCGUGGCGAUCCUCAAGCGAUUCGCCAACGUCGAGUUCAGCUGCGACACCACGACCAUCCUGGUGCCGCCGGGUGUCUGCGGCUCGCAGCCGUGCCAGAACGGCGGCACCUGCAAGGACACGGGUAGCGACAACUACGAGUGUCAGUGCCACAGCCGAUUUGCCGGUCUGGCUUGCGAGAUCGACACGGAUCCGUGCGCCUCGUCGCCCUGUCUCUACGGCGGCCGUUGCAAGCUCGUGCCGGAAGGCGGUGACUACGUCUGCGAGUGCGUCGGGCCAAGUCUCAGCGGCAAACGUUGCGAAUUCGGCAGGUACUGCAGCCCGAAUCCAUGCAAUCACGGGGGCGUGUGCGAGGAGGGCAACAACGGGCCGAUCUGUAAGUGCCAGGGCUUCACGGGCGAUCGCUGCGAGACCGACGUGAACGAGUGCGACGCGAAUCCGUGCACGAACGGCGGCACCUGCGUGAACGAGAUCGGCACGUACAGAUGCAUCUGCCCGCCGAACAUGACCGGGCUGAACUGCGGCAACCCGGCCUUCUCCACGCCCAUCAUAUCCAGCCACUUCAACAUUCCGUGGGAGCAUCUCAUGUGGAUCGGCAUCGCGGUGCUGCUCAACGUCCUGCUUAUCAUUAUAUUCAUCGCCUGUUGGCGAAUCCGGACGAAGCGAACCAGAACGCGCGCCAACAACAUCAACAACGAGACGCGCAAGCAGAUCGUCCUGAAUUCCGCGAGACCGCACGAGCACGAGUUCAAACGCAGUUCGAAACUGAGCAAUCUGGAAGUCAUACAGAGAGAACCUCCCCAAUGCCCUCCCAGACCCGCCUCCUACACCCCGAGCUCGAACAACGAGCCUGCCACGUACGGUAACUCGGCGGCGGUGGCUCUAAAUAACUUGGACACCCUGCGCAGCUACGGCAGCGCGGGCGACGAGCUAGAGAACCUCCCGCCUGAAUACCUGCGAAACCUGAAUCGCAGCACUCCCGUACCACCCUCGUCCCUGACCCUCGCUAAUCCGGUCGGCGGAAACGCAACUGGCAGCGAUACGGACAGUCUACACAAGCCCACCUGGCAAGAGCAGAUGCAGCUGGCCUCCUUCAUAACCGACAGCACCAAGAUCAAGAACGACCUGAAACGAGCGAGCCCAGUGGUACCAGAGCUGACCACUGGAGGACUUCUACUAAACUCUUCUCGACGGACGCCUCAUGCGGUUGGCUCCUCCGUCACCUCCGUCAUGUCCAUCGAGGAUGAUCCUCGCAUCGUCGGCGGGUAUCACUGGGACUGCUCAGACUGGGUCAGACCGAGUCAGAAUCCCUUGCCUAACAUCACAGAGGUACCCGGCAGCGAGGUCCCAGACUCGUCCAGCUUCCAUAGUAAUGAGAGUAAUGAGUCCAAUACUCAUCAACUGCCAAUAAUGCACGGUCCGAUAGAUCCAACGAGGGACAUCGAGACUCUAAACGAAGAUCAAGAAUCGGAAUACGUCGGCGAUUCCGAGUGCGGGACCGAGUUCUCGGAGCAGUAUCAUUGCGCGGAGACGCAACGUCUGAAUCCCCUCGACAGCGGCGGCGAGGGGGAGUACAAGUACAAAAGCUCCGAGAGCUAUCUGCGUCACCCGAACACGUACCUGCCGCAUUACAAUAUUCACACCGACACCGAGAACGAGACGAAUCCGCUCAACGGCCGUCUCAGCACCCUCGAGUCCGACGAGGAGGAAGAAGACGACGUAGUGCCUUAUGGUUUUCCGAGCACCCGCCGUAACCGAUGCCACAAGGUGAUCGAGGAGGAUGAGAUCGGCUCCGUCAUCACCACGCUCGAGGAAAGGAACUCGCUGUUGGGCGGCGCGACCAGCAAUAGCGAUCUCUCCACGAAUCUGUGCGAGAUCGACGAUUCCGAGUACGAGAUCGCGGAUCAGAAGAGCAACGGGCGCCUGUGGCUGUCGGGGAACGUCACGCAGACCUCAGUGUGACGAACGGUGGUGCCGAAGUACGCGGAUAGACCGAAGCGUGCGAGAGCGUGUUUCUCCGUGCAUCUACGAUCGAGACGCGCGGAUGUCUGUGAAUAUGCAAUUUUGUACAUAGAGUGUUAUAUCGCGCCGUAGAGAAGUAAGACAGUCUGUACAGGCAGCUAAUGUGAAGUAAGGAAGGCCCGUUUGUGCGAGCCACCGGCGUGUCCUGGACGCACGCCACCGCGCGUGUGUGUGAUGUAUACCGUCGCGGAAAAAUACAUCGCGCCUCACAAAUCUCCUCCUACACAGGUAGAGUUCAAGCAUCAGCGUACUUAAUCCUGCAAACCAUAAUCGCGAAUAGUUAUAUGCCCUACAAACUGCAAGCAGUGCGUACGUCGCGUACGUCCAUAUCGGAGUCGACGACAAAAUUUAGAGAGCUUUCGUUCUAUUUAUUUUAUUAUUAUUGGAUACACAUACGCGGUAUGAUAAAAAAAUACGGUAAAUUUUGAAAUAAAAAGAACUUAUUAUAUUAAAAGACAAAUUACAAUUAGUCCCCUUCAAAGUACUACCCCUUGCUUUUAAUACAUUGUUUUCGCUACUUGCUAAAGCAGUAUUGCCUCUUUCAUAAGUACUUUUAGUUGCGCCGUCGUGGCUGUCUCGAAUAUUGUAAUGUCUUGAAUUGAUUCAACGUUUACCUUUCAUGGUUAUUUUGAUUUCGGGGAAAAACCAGAAGUCGUUUCUUUUUAUUUCAACAUCCACCAUAUUUUUUUUACACCGCGUAUGUUUUGUUAUAAUAUAUAUAUAUAAACGGAUGUAGACUCCAAAAUAGAUUGUUAUUUUAUGGCUUGAGAGUAGAAAAACAGAUAUAUGAACAUAUAAUGUUCGUACGUUUUCUACUUUCAAACCAUGUUUCACCUCUUCUAAUUGUUAAUACGCUCUACAAAUUGUUUGAUAAUAUAAUUAUAAUUUGAAAUUAUUUGCUUGAUCAAGAAGAAAAAUACAUAAUUGUGUAUUAGGUAAACGCUUACAUACUGCACGCAUUCUCGAUAUUCAUGUUGUUUAAUUUUCGCAACAAUGAAAAUGUUUCUUUCGACUCUACCAUGUGGAUGAGAUUUAUUAGAGAGAAAAUAGAUUGCGGCAACUACGAGUACAGUAGUACACGCGUAAGAAAUUAUCUUGGAUCAUGGAAGGGUGAAUUCAUUACUCGAGAAAGGUAAAGUUAAUCACGACCGUGUCGUCAGACCAAUGACUAUUGUUUAAUGACCUAUCGUUUAAAUUUAACGUGUUAAAUCCAACAACUAUAAUUCCAGUGCAAAAGAUACAUAGGUACAUUUAUGUAUUUUUACUAUUUGCUAACUGACUUUAUUUUGGUUACGUAUAAAUGAACCGACGGACUACUUAAUAAUGCAUAUAUUAAGAAGUAGCAGAUUAGCGUGUAAGUAAAUGGACUCUAGUGAAAAAAAAAAGAACACAGCCUCCUCCGCGUUGCGGAGCAGACAUGUGCGCGACUGUGCGCGUGUGUUUAUUGCACAGGUUAAUAGUUAAAAAAUAUAUAUAUAUAUAUAAUAUUUUUACUGUGAUGAUAAUAAUGUUUAUACGAUGAUCAAAUACUAUGACUUGUAUCAUAAUAAUUGCAAUGUUAAUUACCCGACGUUUUAUAACAAAUUUAAGAAGAAAUAAGGAAGAGCGAUGGAAGGGACAACGUCCUCCUCCACGUAUACGUAAGCUAAGUCAACGUUCCGUUUAUUUAACUUUUUUUUCUCCCCCUCCCGCGCCCUCUUUUAUCUCUUUAUUCAAUCACCAUCACGACCGAUAAAUCUGCAUACAUGGUGCUACUAUUUACAUCACGCUUUAUCGUCUAUCUACUCUUUAAUAAGACUGCUCAGCGGCGCGAGGUAAUUCACCUCAUCGCGCCCUUUACCAAUCUGCCAUUCGCGUCUCAUGUAUUCUUCAUCAUAGGAACUCCAUAUAAUAUAUAAUGGAAUACUUUUUAAAAACUGCCAAUUAAUUCUUAAUGCCAUAUAAGCAAUGCAUUUCCUUCGAUUAAUUUGUAUAAAGGAGAUAGAAGUAUCGAGGAACACUUUAUUAACAUCUAAGGUUUUUUACUUCAUUGUCACUUCCAUUUAGAAUACUUUUCAUUAACGAAUAUUGUAUAGCGGCAGCUUAAUCUGGGUGAGGUAUACACGUUUUUUUAUACACGUAGAAUUUUGUUGAGAAAUUCGAUUCUAUGUUCCUGUUCUGUAAAGGAUGCCAGCUAUCCUGCUUGUGUUUGGUAGGAUACAUUAGCGAAUCAUAUUACUAAUAAUGCUAAACAGGGUGUUUUUUAUGUUGACCAAGCGCAAAAGCAUCGUCUCUCGUCCUUGUAUAAGUUAAAAUCGGCUGUGCUUCUACUUUCUGAAAUUUUAGAGGGAAUCACAUUAACGUUCAUACAAUAAAAUUUUUUAAUGAUUUUAUAUUAGAAUCGUAUAAGAGAAAGAUAAAGAAAAACAAUUGAUUCCGCCGGUUGCAGCAAAUUCGAAAAGCAAAAAACGAUAAGCGAUAUAAAAUUUCAGUCAGUAAUACGAAGCACGAAUAAAUAUUGCGUAACAUUUAGAUUAGUUUUAUUUAAACAAAAAAAAAGAAACGAUGAAGCACAUUGGUCAAAGACUGUAAAGUAGAAGAUGUGGAUGUGACAGCGGACUUUUUAUAAAUAGUAUAUGAAUCAUUCAGUGAUUUUACAAAAAUCGCAAAACCCGUCUUUUAGAAUUUCCCAACUGAAUUAAUAACACUGAAAGUGAUAAUUAUUAAUUUCUUUUAUUAUAGUUAUGUAGUACGGAAAACAUAUAUGAUCAAAAGCAUAUAAAAUGGUUUGUACAUAUAAUUUUUUCAGUGAAUUAUUUAUUGCUUUAGGCCUACUUGCGAGUUACUUUCUCCAAAAAUUAAGUAAGGAAUAAAUAAUUUUAUCGAAUAUUUAUGUGUUUUAUGUAAAAUAAUUUCAUAAAAUUAUUUAUUGCUUGCCAGUUUGAGUGUACAACUUUUAAAAUCGUGGAUUGUAAGAAAAAAAAACAUGGGAAACAUGGGUACAAUUUCUAAAUUCGCCAUAACAUCUAGCCCUGCUAAUAGAAUACAUAUCGAUAUCAUGAAAUCUUUUAAGAAAAUGAGGAACUUGACUUGUUAUUAUUGUAAGGCUAUAAUUAAUUUGUACAAGAUCAACCUAUUGUAAUAAAGAAACCAAUCUUGCCUACAA